GAUGCAAUCGAACAGAUUCUCUUUGACAUCGAACCAGCAAGCAACGCGAAUGUAAAGUAAGAGUGUUCGGGUUGAAUCUAAACUUUUUUUUUCAUUUUUUUGGCCAAAAAAACGAAGACCAAGAUACGCAAAAGAAACAUAGAAAAAUAAUUUCAUUUAUAUUUAUAGCGAUUUCGUUUCGCUAGUUUGUUCGCAGUUAUUUGUAAAAAUUAAGCAAUCGUAUUGAAAAAUUCUACAAAAUGGGAAUUAAAUUUUUGGAAGUAAUUAAGCCAUUCUGCAGUAUUCUGCCCGAAAUCGCAAAACCAGAGCGAAAGAUUCAAUUCCGAGAAAAGGUGCUAUGGACUGCCAUAACGCUGUUUAUCUUCUUGGUAUGCUGUCAAAUUCCAUUGUUCGGAAUUAUGAGUUCCGAUUCGGCUGAUCCAUUCUAUUGGAUUCGUGUGAUUUUGGCCUCAAAUCGUGGUACAUUGAUGGAACUGGGUAUUUCACCGAUUGUCACAUCCGGAUUGAUUAUGCAAUUGUUGGCCGGUGCCAAAAUAAUCGAAGUUGGUGACACACCAAAAGAUCGUGCUCUCUUCAAUGGUGCACAAAAAUUAUUUGGUAUCGUAAUUACCGUUGGUCAAGCCAUUGUUUAUGUAAUGACUGGCAUGUAUGGUGAUCCAUCGGAAAUCGGCGCUGGUGUUUGUCUAUUGAUUAUCAUCCAAUUGUUUGUUGCUGGUUUGAUUGUAUUGCUGUUGGACGAACUUUUGCAAAAAGGUUACGGUUUGGGAUCGGGUAUUUCAUUAUUCAUCGCAACAAAUAUUUGUGAAACAAUUGUGUGGAAGGCAUUCUCACCGGCUACCGUUAAUACUGGCCGUGGUACCGAAUUCGAAGGGGCUGUCAUUGCAUUGUUCCAUUUGUUGGCCACACGUCAAGACAAAGUUCGUGGUUUACGUGAAGCUUUCUAUCGUCAAAAUUUACCAAAUUUAAUGAACUUGUUGGCUACCGUUCUCGUUUUUGCUGUUGUCAUAUACUUCCAAGGAUUCCGUGUCGAUGUUCCAAUCAAAUCAGCACGUUAUCGUGGCCAAUAUAGCAGCUAUCCAAUUAAAUUGUUCUACACAUCAAACAUCCCAAUCAUUUUACAAUCGGCGCUCGUCUCGAAUUUAUACGUUAUCUCACAAAUGUUGGCCGUUAAAUUCCAUGGCAACUUUUUGAUCAAUUUGCUCGGUGUCUGGGCUGAUGUUGGCGGUGGCGGCCCAGCUCGUUCAUACCCAAUUGGUGGUCUAUGCUACUAUCUAUCACCACCAGAAAGUGUUGGACACAUUUUACAAGAUCCAAUUCAUGCCAUGUUAUACAUCGUCUUCAUGUUGGGCUCAUGCGCCUUCUUCUCAAAAACAUGGAUCGAUGUUUCAGGCAGCUCAGCUAAAGACGUUGCCAAACAAUUGAAAGAACAACACAUGGUUAUGCGUGGUCAUCGUGAAAACUCAAUGAUUCACGAAUUGAAUCGAUACAUCCCAACAGCUGCUGCUUUUGGUGGUUUGUGUAUUGGAGCUCUUUCUGUGUUGGCCGAUUUCUUGGGCGCCAUCGGUUCGGGAACCGGUAUUCUAUUAGCUGUCACCAUUAUUUACCAAUACUUUGAAAUCUUUGUCAAAGAACAAUCCGAAAUGGGAGGCAUGAGUACACUUCUAUUCUAAAACAAAAAUGAUUGUCAACUUUAGCAUAGAAGUAAGCAUUUGUUGAGAGCAUUGAUUUGAAAACAAAAUCAACGGAUUUUUGAAAGGGAGUUUUUUUAAGUUGAAAUUGAGAGCGAAUUAUUGUAAUUUAAAUGAAAUGUUUUAAUUGAAAGUCUAACACAAUGCUAAACGAGUAUCACAAUUCAGAUUCAUCAAAUACAUACACAAAAACACAUUUGACAUCUCUGUCGAAUUCAACUCAUUAGAAUGUACCAUCAACUUAUUAUAAUUUAAAGAGUAAAUCAUUUUUUUAAUUAAAGUGUAUAAUGUGUACAACUGUAAGAAGUGUUCAAGAGAUAAAAAAACCCAACCAUUUAGGCGAAUAAAUGUUUAUUACAAACCGAAAAUACUAAAUCAAUUACA